AUGGCUCCCGAAAGCCCCGCUAGCCCCUCUUAUCCUUCGUCUGUGUCUCCUUCUCCACGUCCGAUAGCACCAACAUCCGCCAUCCCACCACCGCACUCUACAUCGUCAGCGGUAAGAGGAGCAACAGCUAGCGCAGGCGCACCAGGGCAUUCCCUAGCUCCGAUCCCCCCUCCCGUCCCCGUUGAAACUCAUCCCAAUCGUGCCGGUCUAAAACCACCUCCAUCCCAACGCCCUCCUCCGGACCCAAACCGGCUUGCGCCUGAAGAUUCCAACUACACCCUUUCUCCACCCCGGCUCCGUUCCGUAUCCGCAAACAACCAUGCUGCCAGCCUACGUCUGCCAGCGGCUGUUGCAGCGCUGAGACCACCGCCUGCAGUGCCGGGGACUGAACCGAAAUGGACCGGAGAUUCGAAGAGAAGGCUUGGAUCAAGCCGGAGAAGACCCAAGGGCGCGUGGAAGAAGUUGUUGUGGGUUAAGCAAUCUUAUCCGGAUAAUUACACCGAUACAGAAACAUUUCUUGACCAUCUACAACGUAAUCCACGUCUUCGACCGUAUGACUUUUGGCCAUUGGUAGCGGAUUCCACCGUCAUUGUACAGCAUGUGUGUUCGGUUGUCAUAUUCGCCUGUUGCUUCACCGGGAUUUUCCAGGAACGCAUCAGUCCUGUGUCGGUUGUGGGAUGGGGGAGUAUAUGCACUAUUCUCGGAUGGGUGCUGUGGGAUUUCUGGGUAGGGAAAGAGCAGGAAGAAGAAGCCCGAUUAGUGUUUAUUGGAGAGGCAGAGACAGGGUAUGCAGGGUCAAGCUCCGGCUCUUCCACGAGCUCUCUCAAAACAUCGAAUCAAAAUGGGAGCCAUAAGGAAUAUAAAAUGCCAGGCCUUGGUUUGCGGUUAUCCACGUCAAACCUCGACUGCCAAAAACCGCGCCGCCGGAGCAUAGGCCGGAGCAUAGGCCUGAGCACUUUCAGCAUCAACCCUCACACCACAUCCACGGCCUCUAUCCAUUCCGCAAACUCCCCUCAAUCCCCAGCUUCAUCCUCUCCCGUGUCACCAAACUGCCACGGCAACGGCUCGAUCCAUUUCCCCUCCUACCCUCUACCUACCAACCACCAGCCGCCUACCAACCCUAUCCCCACCUUCCUUCUCUCCCCGCGCAACCGCCAGCGCCUGUCCACGGCCAAGUCCGCCCUCCUAAUAUUCUGUGCCCUCCUUGGCCUUAGCCCAAUCCUCAAAUCCCUCACAAAGUCCACAACCAGCGACUCCAUCUGGGCCAUGAGCUGCUGGCUCAUGGUCAUCAAUAUCUUCUUCUUCGACUAUAGUAGUAACGGCAGCGGCAGCGGAACGGGCGCUAGUAGCGAAACCGGCGCCACCGCUGCGAAAUUCCCGGCCUCACUGUCCACAAACGCUGCCGUAAUGGCAUCCACAGUGCUCGCGUCGCGUUUGAAAUCUACCACCCACGUUUUCAGCCUUACGCUUUUCUCCAUUGAGGUGUUUGGCCUGUUCCCCGUUUUCCGUCGUCAUCUGCGUGCCACAUUCUGGGGGGGCCAUGUGCUGCUUACGGGUUUGCUGGUGGUUUUUGCCGGUGCAGCGGUGGGGAUUACAAUGCGCGGUGGGUAUAUGUCUGCGAUAUUAGGGGCGAUUAUCGGGGGGUUGUCGACUGCGUUGGUAAUGGGUGGCUGUAGUUGGUGGUUGAUUAGUUUACAAAAAUAUAAGAAUGUGGUAGCGGGUCCUUGGGAUCCGGCCAGGCCAGUAUUGAGGCGGCAUUGGGAUUAA